GAUCAACGUUUCUUAUCUACAAGCAAACGUCUCUCGUGACUCAUGGCAUGAAUAAUGGUUCAUUGUGUUGUACGUCAACGGUGUUGAUUACUUUUUGGAAAUAUAAUUACGAGCGCGACAAUUUCGUUCGGUUCUCAAUGACAAUAAUGACCGUAUAGUGUUGCUUCUUGAACUCAUUAAAAAUAUUCGAGCCGCGAUGCCUUGAAGAAAGGAAUACCACCGCCGAAUUGUAUUGCAUUUAUUUCAUAAACAAGUUGCCUUCCGUUUGACGGGGCUUCCCUAAACAGAAGUGUCGGAAAAUAUUACCAGAAUGUCUGCCACAGAAACUACGGUGAUUUUCGCGAAACUGGAAGCAUUAAAGGACAUCAAAUCAAAAACUCUUCAGUUGGAGAAAAUGAAACAAAGGAUCCUACAAGAAGUGGAACUGACUGAGCAAGAAGAAAAAUGUUUGCUGGAAUACAAACAGGAAAUGGAUCUUCUUAUGCAAGAGAAAAUGGCACAUGUAGAGGAAUUGCGGCAAAUACAUGCAGAUAUUAAUGCGAUGGAAGCUGUUAUUAAACAGGCAGAGGAAGCCAGAAACAAAGCUAGGGAAACUGCUAAGCUGAUUCACAAUAAUGAUUAUCAACCCUUGAAGCAUGAUAUCGAUCGUAUGCGCAGAGAAUUCUUGGGCCUAGAAAGGUUACCAGAGCUCUAUGAAACAGAAUCAGAUCUCAUUUCACCAGAAUGGUUUGUUCGCAGCUACUUUGACCGUCCUAUGCAAAAGGCAGAAUGGAGGGUAGAAGUUCGGGGUGAAGAUUUAUUACCCCCUCUCACUUUACACCAUCCUGGUCAUCCAGGUGGUUCCACACCUUUCCUUGCCCCUCAACCCCUUCAAGGUCCAAGUAAACCAGAACCAAGACCAUUACCCCCAGCACCAGGUCCAGCCACUCCAACAUUCAGGUACCACUGGCAACAACCACCGCCCAUGAAAUCGUGUUUAUCGUGUCAUCAACAAAUUCAUAGAAAUGCUCCAAUUUGUCCCCUUUGUAAAGCAAAAUCUCGAUCACGUAAUCCCAAAAAGCCAAAGAAGAAAGAUUAACUAUUAAGUGUAAAUGUUAUUUAUGUAAGACAUCAGCAUUCGUGUCAUUUACUUUUAAGGGUAUGUUUUAACGAUUCUU